AUGGGAUGGAACUCCUACAACCACUACUCCUGCUCUCCAAACGAGAGCAUCAUCCGCUCCAACGCUCAAGCCCUGGUUGACCUUGGUCUGCAAUCUCUUGGGUACGAGUUCGUAACGGUGGACUGCGGAUGGACUUUACCCGCUCGUACUGCAGAGGGCACGCUUCCAUGGAACCCGGAUCGCUUUCCCAAUGGCUUUCCAGCGCUGGGAGAGUACAUACACGGACUUGGGCUGAAAUUCGGGGUGUACUCUGAUGCUGGGAUACGGAUGUGUAUGACUGGCGAACCGGAGCAAGUUGGGAUCCACGAGGAAACAGAUGCGCAGACUUUUGCAUCGUGGGGAGCAGAUUUGCUGAAAUAUGACAACUGUUUCUCCGAAGAGGCUUCUGGCUAUCCCAAUACCGACUACAACCCUGUAGCGUCAGCCUCUGGUCGAUACGCAAACAUGACCCGCGCAUUGGCCGCGACGAAUCGUCCCAUCGUCUUUCAAAUCUGCAAUUGGGGUGUUGACUUCCCGUCCGCUUGGGCACCAGACUUGGGUAACAGUUGGAGAAUCGCUAACGAUAUCAUUCCCGCCUACCGAACUAUCCCUCGAAUUUUGAAUCAAGCUGUGCCACAGACUUCAUUCGCUGGCCCGGGCAGAUGGCUAGAUCUGGACAUGUUGGAAGUUGGAAACAACGUCUUCACUAUCCCCGAAGAACAAACCCAUUUUUCGUUGUGGGCAAUCAUCAAGAGCCCAUUGGUAAUUGGAGCUGCAUUGAAGGAUACGUCUACGAGUAUAAAUGCAGAGAGCUUAGCGAUACUGAAAAAUAAGGACGUCAUUGGAUACAAUCAAGAUCCCCUGGGCGUUGCAGCUAGUUUCAGACGUCGGUGGACCGAAGAGGGCUAUGAGGUGUGGGCUGGAGAGUUGAGCGGAGAGAGGACUGUGGUGGCUGUUAUCAAUCUGAAGAACGAAGCGAGGGAAUUGACGCUCGAUCUGCCUGACGCUGGAGUCCAACGUGCUGGGUGGCUAAAGGACAUCUGGAACAAUGCCGCAGCAAGUGAUGUCCUCACAUCAUACACAGCACCUGUUGGUGCCCACGGCACGAUCCUGCUCGAGCUUGGAAAUACGACUGUGGCUGGGACCUACGAUGCCAAGAACGCUGCUAUUUCUGGCGAUACCACGACAUUUACCAACAUCUACGGCUCCACAACAAGCGCUUCCUACACCGGCACCCUCGCCUUCUCCUCCUCCUCCCAAACGCCCACAACCGUAACCAUCAACAGCAUCCCGCACCCACUUCCCGCCAACACAAAAUCCCUAACCUUCCCUCUCACCCUAAACGCCUCCACCUCCAACACCCUAAUCAUCACAUCUCCCCUCCCACCAACCCUCCUCUCCAUCAAAGCCCCCGACCCAUCAUUCUAUCCCGCAACAUCCUUCACGCCCUCCGGCACCGCCCGCCUCACCAGCUGCCACCCAAACCUCUGCGCGCCCGUCGGCUCCAAGAUCAGCUUCCUCUCAUCCACCGGCUCCGCCUCCCUCUCCCUGUCCUCGCCCCCCGACGCCCCCGCUGGCGCCGGCCCAAAACGCGUCACCGUCUCCUUCACCAACAACGAUGUCGCCCUCGCCACCGCCUGGGGCUUCGGCACCAACACGCGGAACCUGACCAUCGGCGUGAACGGCGUCGUGGCGCGCAUCGAGGUCCCGCUCAGCGGGACCAGCAGCGAGCUCUUUUCCGAGGGGAAGGGAUGGGAGGAUACGGGUGUCUUUGAGGUGCUGCUUGAGGGCUGGCGGGAGGGCGAGAAUGUGGUAGUUGUGGGAAAUGCGGGGGGGGGAGAGGGUUUGGUGGAUUGGGGGGCGGAUUUCGUGGGCUUGGAUGUGUGGUGGUAG